AUGCCACGUCCUAAACGCCUCGAUAUCGCAAAAAUCCGGCAAGCCAGCCCUGCCGAGGCCCUAAGCAGAGAAAUCCGGACCUGUUUUACGACCCGGGUUGACGGAGAAGUCAGUAGCCAGUGGUCGUCACUGAAGACUUCAGUCUAUGGGGCAGCAGAGAAAAUCCUUGUAUACACCCAGCGACGCCGCAGUGACUGGAUCAGCGGAAGAACCCUGCAGUUGUCUGCUCAGACGGCUAGAGCUUGGUCCCGCAACGAUGACUACUUCCGCCAACUUCGGAAGAUGACGGCAAAAUCGGCCAGGGAUGACCGGAAGCAAUAUUGGGCUGAAAUAGCGACCUCCAUGGAACAGGCCUCGAACGUUGGUGACACUCGAAAGCUCUACCGUCUGAUUCGCAAAGUUAGCGGUAAGCCCUCUACACUGAGUAACUCUGUUCGCGAUGUGAACGGCGGCUUUAUUGCUGGCAACUCGGCCAAAGUCGAGCGCUGGCAUGACCACUUUGAGCACCAUCUCAACUUCGAUACCCAACCUACCUCGCCCCUGCUCUCGUCCUCAGCGGAGUCUCUUCCCUGCCCUACCUAUGCAGUGCCAUACGAUCCCCCUCCGAGGGAGAAGUCGCCGAUGCCAUACGAAAGUUGCGCAACAAUAAGGCACCCGGAGAGGACGGUAUACCCGCUGAAGUCUUCAAGUCUUGUGUCGACACCGGCGCCCUGGCUCCAUGAGGUGAUUGAACGAGCGUGGAGAGACGAGGUUGUUCCUGAUGCCUGGGGCUUAGGCAUCCUUGUACCUAUCCUCAAGAAGGGAGAUAAGACGAGAUGCAAGAAUAACCGCGGCAUAAGUCUCAUCGACGUUGCUGCGAAGAUCUUCGCUAUUGUCCUACACAGGCGAUUCCAGGCUGUGCGUGACUCAAGGACGAGGCCCAACCAAGCCGGAUUUCGUGCUGGACGUGGAUGCGCAGACCAGAUAUUCACACCGAGGCGCAUUCUCGAAUUUCGCCAUAGCUACCAACAACCGACGGCCGUCUGCUUCAUUGACUUUGCCGCCGCGUUCGAUUCCGUUCACUGUGAGUCCGUGUGGCGGAUAAUGGCGCUAGAUGGUGUACCGGCAAAAAUCAUCGCCAUGAUCAAGGCCUACUAUCGCUCCACCACUGCAAGAGUCCUGGUCCGCAACAAUCUUUCCCAACCGUUCGGUAUUCGGUCUGGCGUCCGAUAG